CAGAUGAGCAUGACCGUGAUGGUUGGAACCUUUAUAUAAAAUUCUGGACCUCGAUCACCCCUUCACUAGGGAAGCCCCCGGGGUUUUCCGAGGAAGAUGAGUGGGGAAGCGAAGCUGUGUUCUGGGACCCCCUUCAGGACACAGUCGCCAGUGGGGAUAUUGACGAAGAAGCGAGUUCUACUUCUUCUGAGACUCCUGAAUCCCCUACCGAGGAAAGGGGGGAGAGUGGUUGGACUUCCGAUUGGCUUUUUGAAAGGGAUGAUGCGGCAGAUAUUGGGAUGCAGGUUAAAUUGGCCCCGAUGGCCCCGUAUACACUUCAGCGCCGAUACUCACAUCCUUAUACGGAACAGUACCCACGCCCCGCCACCCCAUUACAGGUACUAAUGGAAAAGGAAAACAGAUCACCCUCCUUAAGCACCGACAUUCUUGGUGUGGAUGAGGGUGUCCGGGGUGAUGUGGCUAGCGGGGCAAUCAUCGCCGCAUUUGAAGAUCUUUCUUGAGGGCUUCCGUCGGGGUCCUAGUGAUAUGGGCUCCGCACCCACCGAAUCAGGACAAGGCCAGGGUGGAAAUUUUUGUCCUUAGCAUUGCACGAAUUUAGUUUACUGUUUUACUUCGCACAGGUUAAUCCUUCUCAACUUAUUAUCUUGUAACGACCACCGGAUGGCGGUGAUGUGCAGAUGGCCCCAGCUACCGUAUAUGGAACUAGGUCGGAGGAUCAUCACACGGUAGCUUGGCGCUUGUGGCUUCCAUUUGGAAUUCUUGCGAUUGGUUAGUUCUGUGGCUUUAGCUUAUAAUACGUUUGGGAUCGCAUAAUGAUACAUAUCAGGAGUUUUUGGGCUACCGGUAUGUUGUUAAAGCCUCAGCUUUCUCUUCUAUCACAUCCUAAUGAACCGUACUCAAUUCCUUUGCCGUGAACUCCAUGAAGAAUGCUCCAGUCAUCACUCAUUGAUUCUCACUCGGUGUAUGUACUGUACAAUACUCCAGACACUCCAUCAUUCAUAUCGGGGUCAUCUUACCCGCUCUGUUAUCGGAAUCUAGUACAGACAAUCAUUUCCCCUUUCUUUUUUUCUUUUUUUCCCGAUUACUCAUGAAUACUUAACACCUAAUAUUAUCGAAAGACAUUUGCUGGUACGCUAGAGACACUGCUCGAACAUCCUUAUGAGAUGGAGCUACAUCCCUGUAAUACUAUGAUAAAAACAAAUCAAAAAUGCAUCACAAAACCUUCCAGCGCCAACGCCAAGCCGGUUGCGGCUCAAAAUUAUCCCCCCACCUAGCGCCCUAGCGCACCGUCCCAUCUGUCAUUCCUUCAACCAAUCGGUCCACAGGGAAAAAAUGUUAGAACUCCACAUCUGGGGUCCCUCCUUCACCCUGCCCUCAAUUUCCCCUCAAUCGCUCUCCACAAUAGCCUAUCUAAACCUAACCCAACCGUCCACCUCCUGGACCCUGAUCCCCAGCAGCAAUCCCCUUCUCUCCCCGAGCCGCGAGCUCCCGGCGCUGCGUGACGGCGCAACCUGGGCUUCCGGCUUCCGUGGGGUAGUAGAGCACCUUCGUCGCAAAAACGGCUCGAGCUUAGACGAUAAACUAGCCGGGGCGAAGAGAGCAGAGGCGCUUGCGUUCGGAACGUACAUUGAGAGCGAAGGUGGGAAGCUACUGGACUUGUCAAUGUAUCUGACGGACGAGAACUUUGAUGUUCUGAGAGGAGUGCUUGCUAAACUAUUACCCGUGCCCGCGAGGUAUUACUUUCCUGGAGUUUUACGGCGGGAGGCGAGGAGGAGAUGCGAUGGGUUGAUUUCUGCCUCUUCCUCUGCAAGUGCCGUAGAUGCUGCCACGCCGCUUCCUCAAGCUUCGGCAAUGACGGCUAUGGCCUUGCCUGCGGCUAAGGAGAAGAUCUCAGCGAAGGCCGUGGCAGAGAAGAUCAAACAGGUGGCGAUCGCAGCGAACUUCCUCCGGACAAUGCAGUCCCUCCUGGGCGGGCGGACGUAUUUUUUUGGCGACAAACCGAGUUCACUGGAUUGCCUGGCUGCCGGAUACUUAUCGCUGGCGCUAUACGCGGAAUUGCCGAACGGGUGGUUGAGAGAGGAGAUGCUUGCCCGACAUCACGGAUUAUGCAAGUAUGUCGAUGGGGUUCGGGGGCAGAUGCUCGGCGAUGGUGUUGACGUCGCAGCUGUGAUAUCCGGGCAGGCGGCGAUGGCAACGCCAUCUGGGAAAAUUGCGGGUGGGGGAUUACCGUGGGGAGUCGUUGAGCGCCAGGACGUACCCUGGGUUGCGGGUUUUUUUCUCAAUAGGGCAAUGGAAAUCGUUGGGAUUACGCCUACGGAAAGAUAUGGAGGUGGGGAGAACGAGGAGGAACGAACGGAGGAGAAGGAGGGGCGCAGGAAGGGAACAAAGAGCCUACAGAGAUGGGCGACUGCAAAGAACGUGGCUGUGAUAGCCGGGUGUAUUAGUACACUUAUCGGGUAUUGCGUGUGGAGCGGGUUGAUUACGAUGGAGUUUAGUGGGAGGGCGAAAGAUGGGGCCGUUGGAGGUGUGGGUGGGAAUGAGGGCGAGGACAAUGAUGAUGACGGGAAAGAUGCUGAAAACGAGAUGGAGUUGUUGGAGGGGUUUGGAUCCGCCGAGGCUAUUCUGGGCCUUGGUGGGAGGGGAACAUUCAGCCCGAAAGAAGAGGAUGAGAUAGAUGAGGUUAUUGAUGCGGAGUUUUGUCGCGGUGUGAACGAGGAGGAGGGGAGAGGGGGGAUUCGGCCAGAGAAGUAG